AUGGGCGACUUUGACGACGACUUCAACGAGCACGACGUCCAGGGCCGGCCCAUCAAGGCCUACAAGAACGGGUGCUUUGAAAACCCCAAGACGCUCUUUGUGCAGCCGCAUUGGACCUGGGACGACUUUCUCUGCUCGUGCUCGCAGCGCCUCGAGAUGGUGCCAAUGGCAUCACGCGUCUUCAACUCGGACGGCGUCGAGGUCGACGACCUCAUGUGCAUCGAGGAAGGCGACAUGCUCUUCUUCUCGACGGGCGCGCCGUUCCAGAUUCCGGGCCAAAGCGAAGCCGAGGCCAGCAGCGUCGACAACAUUGGCAGCGGCGGCGUUGUCGGCGGGUACCGCGUCACGACGCUUCUCGGCCGCGGCGGCUUUGGCGAAGUCCGACUCGGCGUCCACCAGCUCACCAACGAAAAAGUCGCGCUCAAGUUUAUCCUCAAGAGCGAAAUGGGGUCGCUCGGCGACGUCGAGCGCACGACGACCGAGAUCCAGUGCCUCACGGCGCUCAACCACCCGAGCAUCAUCAAGCUCAUCCGCGUAUUUAAUGAGCCCAACCACGUCGUGCUCGUCUUUGAGCUCCUCGAAGGCGGCGAUUUGUACCACCACCUCGUGCACCUCCCGAGCGGCGGCCUCGUCGAGGAAGAGGGCGCGCUUGUGUUUUCUCAGAUCUUAUCGGGCGUCGGGUAUGCCCACAACCAACACAUUUGCCAUCGCGACCUCAAGCUCGAGAACAUUUUGCUACAAAACAAAAGCGACCUCAACAGCGUCAAGAUUGCCGACUUUGGCCUGAGUGACUUUUAUCGACCUGGUGCCAUGGCCAAGACAACGUGCGGCUCCAUCUCGUACCUCCCGCCCGAAGUGUUUCGUGGCACGUCCAACGCAGGACCGCCGCUGGACGUGUGGAGUCUUGGCGUCAUCUUGUUUGCAAUCGUGUGCGGCCGCCUCCCGUUCGAAGGCACGGACCUCAAGGGCACCAACCGACCGCGCGAAAACGUCAUCCGCAACCGCAUCAUGCGCGCCCAGUACAAGCUUGACGAGACCCUCAGUCCGGAAGUGACGGAUUUGAUCACGCGCAUGCUGCAGCCCGACCCGGUUGAGCGGGCGACGAUCCCCGAGAUUUUCUCGCAUCCGUGGCUGCGCGGGAAGGCGAGCUACUCGAGCAUGGAGAGUCUCAUGGCGGCGUCGCCUUCCAAAGACGGCGACGACGACGACGACGCCGAGGCCUUUACGCUGCAGAUCGCUAAGCACACGACCGACGCGUCAUCGUUUUCAAUACCUCUGCCCCCAACAGCAGCAUCCUCAUCAUCAUCCACGACAACGACGACAGCAACCGCGGAUGAGAAUAGCGUCGACGAGAGCAACAAGCUACCGAAAGCCGCGCUGCGCACAACAUCGAACCCACUCGUCCCGACGCUGAGCGGCCUGAGCACGCCGCCGUCAUCGACACUCGUCAUGACGACACACCACGGUGGAUCGGGCCACCCCCGGGUCGGGCGCACGCUGCGCACAGGCGACGCCAAGCCACCGCACCACACGCGGUCGCCGCGGCCGGCGUCGACGACGCCCGUGACGAUCCCGGCGCUCAACACGAACGCAUUGGUGAUGCCCAAGGUGACGCCCGCAGAAAAAGCUAUCAACUGCUUGACGCCAACGCACUCGGCGAAGCGCAUGCCGGCGACACACACCUCGCUCUCCGUGUGUCCCAAGUCCCCGAAACCAACGACAUUGACGCCGACGACCGACAAGGGCGGGCGGGCGCGCCGGGACGAACGGCCGCCGCCCAUCCAUCCGAUGGACGAUCGCGCGGGCACGGCAGCCAAGGCCAAGCGACGAAGCAUAGAGCACAGCUCGUCCGAGCCCCAUGGCAAGGCGAUCGUAGACAGUGUAGCAGCGACGACGCUCGAGCCGAUCGGCUAG